AUGGGUCUUACACUCUGUCGCUGGCUAUGUGAUAACCCACAUGAAUCACAGAACAUCCCAUUAUCAUCCUCACCUUUCCUUCCCCUGUCUGUGGUGCCACCAGUCCGAUUGGCUAUUCUACUGGACAUGCCUCCUGUUGCCCCUGGAGAUUUGAGGUCACAGUGGAGCCCGACACAUAGAUCUCCUAACUUGUGUGUGUGUGCAUCAGGGACAAGUGUUUGUCGGCCCCGAGUGGAGCGGAGCAGUGAUGCGGCUCAGAGUGCGGUGGGGGUGAGCACAGGGCUGCACGUCUGGCAGAUUUGCUGGGAGGAGGGACAGAGAGGCAGCCACGCCCUUGUGGGUGUUUCCACUGGGAAAUGCUUGCUACAGAUGUCAGGCUACACUGCCCUGGUGGGCGGGGACUCGUGUUCCUGGGGAUGGGAACUGUCGACCUGUCAGCUCUGGCAUGGUGGUGAGAAGGUGGGUAUGUACCCUGCGGGCGGGGCCCGGCAGAGCCUGAAGGUCCCAGAGCGUGUGCUGGUGGUUGUAGAUGCAGAUGCUGGGAUGCUGGGAUACGUGAUAGGUGACUGCUUCCUGGGAGAGGCUUUCAGGGACCUUCCAUCAGGGGCAGAGCUUUUCCCAGCUGUUAGCUGUGUUUGGGGUGGAGCUACAAUACACCUCCGCUAUCUUAAUGGCCUGAAGCGUGAAGCUCCAUCUCUACUUUCACUGAGUCGUCUGACUGUCCGUCAGUCCCUGGGGUGGGACAAAGGUACUCAGACUCAAUGUCCAGCCCUUCCAUUGUCUCUAGAGCGCCUCCUUUUGGCCAGUGACAGAACCUGCAGCAUUAAUGAGCGUAAAACCCUUCUCUGA